GUUUUAGAAUUAAUUGGAUUGCUUGGAGGGAUAUGGGUAUUAGCUUCUGGGUUUUACGCGUUAUUAUUUGGGGUAGACAUAAUUCGUCCUUGGGGUCUAAUCCAGACAUACUUAUGUGGUUCAUCUUCUC